AUGGGGUUGACCUACCUACACGGUUUAAAGACCGGGACGUUGAAUACGACAUCCCCGGGUUUUUUGAUAAACACUUUCGAAGAGCUCGAAACAUUCGGGCUACAUUACUUGCUAGAUCAAGCUGUAAAAGGCAGUAUCCCUACCGUGUAUCCAGUAGAUCCUGUCUUAGAGCUUAACAAUAAAAUUAAAGAAAACGAGCACGACUUUGCUACGGACCAUAUAAAAGAGCUAGCCAUUGGCCUGGAGAGAUCCGGGUACCCAUUCCUAUGGACCCUGCCGAAGAAGGUAACUUCGGUUGAGGGCGUGGAGAAGCAUGUAGAUGAUGACCCCUACGGGGACUUAUUACCUGAGAGUUUUUUAGGUCGUACACGUGAAAGAGGAAAAGUUAUUGGGUGGGCACCUCAAGUCGCAAUCCUAGCCCACCCGGCUGUAGGAGGGUUUUUGUCACAUUGUGGGUGGAGCUCGACGUUAGAAACAUUGUGGUUCAGGGUUCCCGUGGCUACAUGGCCAUUGUUUGCGGAUCAUCAAUUGGUUGCGUCAAUGCUAGUGAAGGAGCUAGGACUAGCUGUGGAGAUUAGGAUGGACUAUCAACAUGCUUUUAAAACCAAAAAAGGAAGUAUUUUAGUGUAA